AUGGAGGCGGAAAUACCACUGGGAUGCAAAAGUGAACGAAUUAAAAAGCCAGUUCCUCUUCAAGAACAGACUGUUAAAGAUGCAAAGGGACGAUAUCAGCGUUUCCAUGGAGCAUUUACUGGUGGUUUCUCUGCUGGUUACUUUAACACUGUUGGCACAAAGGAAGGAUGGACUCCUUCAGCUUUUGUAUCAUCACGGCAGAAGAGAGCAGACAGAACCAUUCUUGGACCAGAAGACUUCAUGGAUGAAGAGGAUCUUAGUGAAUUUGGGAUAGCACCAAAAGAUAUUACAACCACAGAUGAUUUUGCAUCCAAAGCUAAAGACAGAAUAAAAGAGAAAGCUAGACAGAUUGCAGGAGUAGUUGCUGCCAUUCCAGGAACCACCGCAUUUGAUGAUUUAAUAGGACCAUCAAAAAUAACAGUUGGGGUUGAACUGUUACGAAAAAUGGGCUGGAAAGAAGGACAAGGAAUUGGACCGCGAGUCAAAAGAAAGCCACGCAGGCAAAAACCUGACCCUGCAGUGAAAGUAUAUGGUUGUGCGUUACCACCUGGACUGUCUGAGGGUUCUGAGGAUGAAGAGGAUGAAUACCAGCCAGAGAAUGUGACAUUUGCACCAAAAGACGUAAUGCCUGUAGAUUUGACUCCAAAAGAGAAUGUCCAUGGACUUGGCUAUAAGGGUUUGGACCCCUCACAAGCUUUGUUUGGUGUAUCUGGAAGAGAACACUUGAAUCUUUUCACAGGUGGUUCUGAAGACACAAGCAAUUUACUUGGUGAUCUGAGACACAGUAAAGGAAGAAAACUAGGUAUAACGGGUCAGGCUUUUGGUGUGGGAGCUUUAGAGGAGGAAGACGAUGAUAUUUAUGCAACCGAAACACUGUCAAAAUACGAUACAGUUCUAAAAGAUGAGGAACCUGGAGAUGGCUUGUAUGGCUGGACAGCACCUAAGCAGUAUAAAUCCAAAAAAAGGUCUGAAAGAGAAGUUAAAUAUAUAGGCAAAAUCCUGGAUGGUUUUUCCUUGGCAUCAAAAUCAUCAACUCCAAGCAAGAUUUAUCCACCACCUGACCUGCCACGAAAUUACAGACCAGUCCAUUACUUUCGACCCGUGAUAGCAGCUGGGAAUGAAAACUGCUGUUUACGGAAGGCAUUAGAAGAAUCAACUGGAAAAAUUGGGAGUGAUACAACACAACAAAGCAGGCAUGCUUUGAAUGCAUCUCAGAGGAGGGAACGACUAGGAGAGACUGGUCUAAAAGGUCCGGCUCCUUCUGUUUUGGAAUAUCUGUCUGAGAAAGAUAGAGAAAGACUCAAAGAAGUGAAACAAGCAUCUGAACAACAAAUGAAAGCAAAAACAUUGCCUCAGCAGUCACGAAAUAGCAGAUUCCAGCCAGCCUCCCCAGAUGAUGCUUCUCACAAAUGGCAAAUGUUGUUGGGGGGGCAGUUAGCAAAUGCUGGUUCUAGUGACUUCAAACCAUUUGCAAGAAAUCCAGAAAAACAAAAAAGAUACGAAAGUUUUGUGAGAAGUCUUAAACAAGGAGAAAAAGGUAACUGAAGA